UCGGCAUCGGCAUCAGCUGCGGCCGCUUCCCCUGCGAUGCCACCCCCGACCCCCCAACCCAAUCAUCUCCGGCAGCGUCAGCAUCACCUCCCCAGUUCAAAAAUACACUCGGCAGAGCAAGUUUAUUAAUCAGUUUCCUUUUUAAUUAAUUUCUAGAGCGAGAUAGGGGGGAAAGGGGAGGUAUAAGUAGGGCGAAUCGCCGCCCAUGGGCGCACAUAAUUUUUUGGAGUAGGAGGGAGGGAGGGAAGGAAGGCUAUAAAUUUAGUGCUGCGGGUAUAUAGGGGGAUCGCUACAAGUAAGCGCUCCAUACCGGGAAUAGCCGGCCGUCCGACCGUCCGUCCGGGAGGAAAGAAACGGAACCAGCCAUGGGGGACGGUGGUGGUGGUGAUGGCGCCGCCGCCUCCUCGUCGCCGCCGGCCGCCGCGGCCGCCCCGGGCUUCUCCUACCUCGCCGUCUUCCACAACUUCCCCCUCGUCGCCGCGCUGCUCGGCUUCGCCAUCGCGCAGUCCAUCAAGUUCUUCCUCACCAGGUAUAAGGAGAAAAGAUGGGAUCCUAAGCGGCUUAUCGGCUCCGGUGGCAUGCCGUCGUCGCAUUCCGCGACCGUUACAGCAUUAUCGGUAGCCAUUGGCUUCCAAGAGGGCUUCGGCAGUGCCCUCUUUGCCACAUCAACGAUAUUCGCAAGUGUGGUGAUGUACGAUGCUUCUGGUGUCAGAUUGCAUGCUGGAAAGCAAGCAGCGGUGUUGAACCAAAUAGUCUGUGAACUACCGGCUGAACAUCCCUUGGCUGAAACAAGACCAUUGCGUGAACUUUUAGGCCAUACCCCGACCCAGGUUGUCGCCGGUGCGGUGCUUGGGUGUAUGAUAGGUAUUGCAGGGCAGAUUAUCAUUGCAGUGACAAGUGUUGUAUGACGCUGCUGUGUCUCAAGGUGCAGGAGAAUUGCUAGUGUUCUCAGAGACCUGAGAAGAAGAAGCUUCUCUGGUGUUUCUGUGACUUAGGUAUCGGUUUGAUGUGUAAUGAUGUGCCGUAGUGCUGUUGAAGAUUGAAUCAAGUUUUGAUAGCACCUAAGUGUAUGUUCAGGUGAUGUUCUCAGGCUUGAUGUACAGAUUAUCUAUUCGAUAACUUCAUUGCUAUGGUGAAAGCUAGAAAGUGGCUGCAUCACUA